AUGUCUUCUCACUCUGCUUCUGCUGCUGCCGCUGCCAACCAGGCUCUCAUCACUCUUGUUUCCCAGCUCGAUGAGAUGGUUCAAGAUGUUCUCUGGUCACAGUCGCAGGACGAGAAAAUGGACUUGAGCCGCAAGAUUGCUCACGAAGUGAAUGUUGCAAUUCGUUCAUAUGGGAGGGACACUUCAUAUGUUCCCCCUGGCCUGCUGUCACUUGCAGCUGAGAUCUUUCGUGCUCAGAGGCGCACUGCACAAUUGGUGGUAGUACCGGAUUGGAACUGUCUUGGUAACAAUCAGGAUAUGUGCAUGAAGCAUCCAUUGUACAGUAAGACAUUGGGUCAUGCGCCACCUGUUUCACCUGCAGCUGCUGCUCCUGCACCUGCACCUGCACCUGCACCUGUGCCGAUUCGGCUCAAGGGGAUUGCUACUGGGAACGAUUCCUCUAUGUAA